AUGGAAUAUGGGGGGGAUAGACACAAACAGAGGUCAGGCUUACAAGCACCACGACAACGGCACCUGCCAAUGGACACCUCACAGAUCAACGCCAACACGGUCACAUGCAGUUGCUCACCACCAACCACACAACACGAUACUGUCAAAACACUGGCGCAUGCCCUGUGCCCCAGUUACCAACAAUGA